AUGAAAGGUUUGCCCUCAUCCGUGAAUGUAGAGAGGUUUACCGAGGCUCGAGCGUUCGAAAUACGCGCCAUGCAAGAGGCUAUGAAGUCUGCUAGCUCCAGCUCGACAACCCGAGCCUGGCAGGAACUUCCCCGGCAUCUUCGUCGAAGGGCCGCAAGCCAUGAUGUUUCACGAGUCCCUAUACGUCUACGGCAGAAGGCACGAGCAGAGAUGGAUCCUAUGCGUCGCAAGAUACUUGGUAGAACCCUGCCGAAGCGAGGUAAAUCAAGGCGUGAACCUGCCCUUAGCAAGUUCGAGAAACGGCAAGCCAAUAAGACGUGGCUCGAAUCCCAUUUAUGGCACGCAAAGCGCAUGAUCAUGGAAGAUAUGUGGGGCUACCGUUUGGCCAUGGAACCAACGGAAAAGUCAUUUCGUCCAUCUCAUCGCGCAUCGGUCCAUGGGUCCAUCCUCCACGACGCGUCAUACUAUUCUUUGAUUCAACUGAAUGGUCCGGAAGUUGUCCUGAAAGCGUUGCUAGAACGUUGUUGCGAUCCUCAGCUCUGUGGGCCUGGUGCCCAAAGGUAUUUGACUGGUGCGAUAGCAUGCGAUACAGAAUUCUACCAACCAAACUCCUACCCGUUUGCUCUCAUCGGUCCAGUCACUAUACUUUGGCAACCUUUGCCCUUUGCUCCGAUGCCGAGCACAUCUCAACCAGAAACCACAGUUUCAGAAACGAACAACCGGAAACGGAAACGUGCAGUGAAAAAGAAAAUACCCUCUGCCGCUCCCACACAGGUGACAGAUAGCGAACGGAUCCGGGUGGUCUGGAUUCGUUGUCACCCACUAUUUGCCAAGGAAGCUAUUGUAGCUUUGAAAAAGGCCGUAUCUCUGACCGUCGAGGCUUUCAAUAUAUCGAAGCAGCAUAAGGACAAGUCUUACACCGUGGAGGUGACUGAUUUGAGGGGUGAAUUCAAUAUUUUCGAAAUCAUGGGACCAAAAUCCAGUCAAGUGAUCAAGGGUGCUCUGAGUCCUAUUCCGGAGGGUCAGAGAAACGAGUUCACAAAAUUCUGGGAUUCGCUUACAAACUUGCAAACAGCCGGGUCAGUACCUCGCAACAUGGUCAUUGGCUUUACGACCCUUGACCCUCGGCUAAGUUUCCCACCGAAGAAUGCCAAGGCUCAAGUCAGCAGAACUCAGCUACUAAGCAUUCCUCCGCCUUGUACAUCUUUCCCAUCGUCGACGCUAGCUCAAAGUGACAUUUGGAACGAGACUUUGCGCGCCAAGUUGAAGACUCCACGCCAUAAAAAAAAAUCAAUUGAUGCUCGUAAGGGACAAAAUGUCAUUCCAGGAUCACACCUGAAGCCCACCAAAGACGAUGACCAAAUACCGGUCCUUUUGAUUCAGCGUUCGACGCAGUCAUACCCCCUACUGGACCGCUCCUCUACGGCCAAUGAUCGCCUCGCUGGAGACCCCUCUUUGCACGGUUGGACUCUCAUCUUGCCGAAGGGAUGGUCAAUGGCUUUUCUCAGCUCUCUGAUCUACACAGGCACCCGGGUGGGUGGUCAACGCGAACGCCAGCAUCAGUCUUUCGAAUCCGGUGUACCAUACUUCCCACGCGACUUCCCCUCCACUACAGCGUACGAAUCUUAUGCUGACACCCGAGCAAGGAAAGAUUUGGAACGCUGGUGCCUCAAGCCACCCGCCAAGCGGCCAAAUUGGGGAAAGCUGGGAACACGUAGUCCUUGGAAGCCUGACUGGGGAUCAGUCCUGAUAUCAACGCAGCGAGACAAUCAGGGGGAGAAGGAGGAGCUCGAUAAACUGUGGCUCCUUAGAGGGCCGGACGCUCCUUCAAUCGUGGAUUCUGCAUCCAAAUUACUGAUUCCUAGUACUGCUGUGCUCCACAAGAUCAAUCAACUACGGCUCAAGCGCAACAUGGAAGUUCUUGGUUCCACCAUCAAUGGGGAUGACUUGUUUAAGAGGGCGUUAGUUCAGAUCCGAGCAAAGCUCAUCAGUCGAGGAUCGCCUGAUGACCUCGCAGCCGUUUACCUUGUUGACGACCAGGAAGCUCUGAGAUGGAAAGCUUUUGGUGGCAGAAAGGAUUUUGGUCUGCAAUGCACUCCAGAGCACACAGGCGGAGAGGUCGAGCUUACCCAGAUUAUCCCGUCGCAGGAUGAUAUUGUAGGCUAUGUGACAAGUGGCAACUAUUCACUUUCGCGCGGACAAGGCUAUGCCAUCGGUGCCAUCUCAUUAGCGAAGCUAUGUCAGAUAAUAGAGCAAUCAAAAAGGCUUCAACUCGUUGGGUCCCUUGUAAAGCUCCGUAAUCGAGACGGGGUUAUCUGCCGCGCAGCCUACAUUGAAAUCUUGGACAGCUAGAAUGAUUAUAGAGGAUGUUACCCAAAUUCUCAACGAGGUGGCAUCGCCGGAAAGCUUCAUGGGGCAUGCAUGCUGCUUCAGAAGCGUAGGCUAAGGCAGUCCAUUAGUCAAAGGCCCCAUGAUACACACCGCUCAAUCCCCAAUGAUGAUAUAUAGCAAAACAGCGUGCGGUAGGUAACCCGAAUGUAUGUCAGAGCACGAUAAAGAUAAGAGAGACAAUAAAAAAGUUCGCUUUCCUCGAUAACACGUAUGAAGAACAAAUAAAGGUAACAUCGAUCAGGGUCGUCAAGUGAUAUUCCACUUGGCCACAGCUGCUUUCAUCAGCUUUGACAUAUCAUCUUUGGCCUGCUUCUUCGCGCUGUCAGUGAUACCCUCCAAUUUGUCCAGAGCACUGGGCGAGGUCUGCAAUGGAUCGAACUCCAGAAGAUGUCCAUCCUUCGUGGGUACGGCGACGCGAGCAGAAAACCCACCGGAGGAGGAACUCGGGAAAUAGGAGAGUGACUUGUCAUUGCGAGAAUUGGGGCGUGAAUGGCUAGCCGUAUACGAUGAGGAAGGGGCGAGAUCUGACUGAGAAUCGGUGCGUGAAUGCGUUCCAUUGGUGGUAUGGCUGGUAGACGAUGUGAUCAAGGAAAUAUGCGAUGGAUCUCGUCGGAUGACAAUAUUGCUGUUGCUUCUGCUCUGAGUUUUACUCACAGGGCGAAAUCCCUUAUUUUCCUCAUCUACCUCUCGCAGAGGUGGACCAUCUGCCAACCAAGUGAGACCCAGCUCGAAUGGGUUGGCAAGGGGUGAGCCGUUGAUGCUAAGCAUGCUCUCGUCUUUGCGUGGCCAACGAGGGGGAUAGGGUAGAGUUUUGGGAAUGGCGGGGUUGAAAAUGGCGGUGGAUGGAGGUCGCACAGAACGACUGUGGGCUGUUGUCGAUGUCGAUGGUUU